GCAUAUUUUGUCAUCAUUCGUCAUUCUAGUUUGUUGUUGUUGUUGGAAUUGCACCUUAACUUGGUUUGGGAAUUCGUUCGAGAAAAAAAGAUAUUCAAAAAAUGCGAUUUGCCGGUACUUUAACAAUAGCUUGCAGCAUCUUUGUUGCAGCGGCAUCCCACGAAUCUGAUGCGCAAGUGCGUACUUUAAAGCAAAGGAUCGAGGAAGAGAGGCUGGCGCGAAGUCCUCGCGGUGAUAGACGACGACAGCGUAUGCACGAAAGUCGACGUCUCGCUCUUGAACAAGACGUGCAUAUUCAUCCAGAUUAUGACAAACGACGAAAGGCGUACGACGUAGGCUCCGGAAUAUUUUCCCCUCAGGACAGCACAUCGAAGCCGGCUGAAAUUGGUACCAGCGAAGAUAUGCAAUUUUGGGGAAGACUGCUGCAGAUCGAUUCCGACAUUUCGAUGAGCAUCGCACCCAGUCCAAGCCCCUUGGCGUCACCGAUAGCCUCUCCUUCAGGUAGCUUGGCGACUCCAACCAUGAUGCCGCAAAAAGACCCUGCAACGGAUAGUCCUAUACUUAGUCCAACGCCCCUACCGACAAGAUUCGCAACUAGUAUGCCACAAGGAGUAUCAAUGACUGUACCCCCGACUCUUCUCCCAACUUCCACGCCACAAGAAGGGUCCCCGACUGUACGCCCGACUCGUCUCCCAACUUCCACGCCACAAGAAGGGUCUCCGCCUGUACGCCCCACUCCUAUGCCACAAGUAGUGUCUACCACUUCAGCGCCGACUCGUCGCCCAACUUUUAUGCCCACCUCGUCGCCAUCAGCGGCUCCUACGCAAAGCCCAUCUCGAAACCCAACCCCUGCUCCGACGCCGUCUAGGGUGGAGCAAAUCGUGCUUUCCGUGGCCUUGCUUGGAGGUGCUGAGUUCCUUGAUACAAAUUCGUAUCAGUCCAGAGCACUGUCCUGGUUAGAUAGAUUUUCGGAUACUUCAGGAUUGAGUGAUGCCAGAAUUGUUCAACGUUAUUCGCUGGCCUGCAUUUUCUAUGCCACAAACGCCGUCCGUACGGUUUUCACCGAUAUGGCAUUUGAUUCAUCUCAACCUCUUCCUCAGUGGCAGAAUCGGGAAAAUUGGCUUACGGAUACAAACGAGUGCAACUGGUAUGCCAUAGAGCAAUGCGAUUCAAGCAACAUGGUCGUGGAACUAGAUCUGUUCAGCAAUUUACUGACGGGAGAAUUCCCACCUGAAAUAGUUUUACUUAAAGCAAGCAUCGAAGUCCUUGACCUCGGACGAAACUUAUUCUUCACGGAAGGAGUAAAUUUCAACACAGUCCUUGGACAACUGACGAAACUAAAAUUCCUUUUGUUUGAUCAAACGAAUAUGAUCAAUUUAAAUGGAAUCCCGACUGAGAUUGGAAAUUUGAAAAGCUUGGAGUCCUUCAAUUGCGUCGCAACGAGAUAUGGAGGCGCUUUAAACGGCGAUGCAUUUCAGCCGGACCAGAUCAAUUGGACGAUAUUGGAAAUAGAAGAGAACGCUUUCAACUCAGCCAUUCCUUCCGCAAUCGCCAACCUUCCUGCCUUGGAACAGUUUUUUGGAAGAGACUGCGGCUUGCAAGGCACACUGGAACCUCUCCGGAAUAUGGACAAUGCAGUUGUUCUGUGGGUUGAUAUGAAUCCUCUUUUAGGGGGCCCAAUUCCAACUGAAUUUGGUAAUUUUCAGCAAUUGCGGAGUUUAUCUCUAACAGAGUGCGAUUUCACCGGUACAUUUCCAAGUGAGCUGGGCACUGUGAGCUCUUUGUCGCAAUUGUUUUUGUUUCGAAACAGACUUGAUGGAACGAUACCAAGCGAACUGGCGGAGCUUCAAGAUCUAUCAAUCCUGGAAAUUUGGGAAAACAAUUUCACUGGCAUCAUCCCUCCUCUUGUUUGCCAGUUGACCUUUUCGGACCUAACUCGUUUGAUUGCCGAUUGUGAAAACUGCCCAACAGCAGGUUUCUGCUGUGAUUCGUGUGUAGGCUAAUUUUUAUUUAAAGAAGAUGUGGUUGUUACGUGGACUUCGCCUGAAGUAAAUCUGACAAACCCAUUCAUCUCUUUUCGGCAGUUUUUGUCCUAAAAGCUGUCGAUCAAUGUAAGAGAUAUCGAUCCAAAUCGAAGCCAUUUGCGUUCGCUAUAUAUCUCGCUUCUCCUUCCGUUGUGGAGCAUACAAAUCGAGGCUCAACCAUUUGGGCAUGAUCAUAGGGAGAUCGUGCCGGCUGCUCAAGGAUGGCAUUCAUUUCUUUCAAAUGAGACGUGGCCAUUACCAAGGACAAAGUACCCAGCGCAUUUGAGCUUUCCUCGGCAUCAAAGCCAGAUAAAGCCUGGUGAAGACUUUCACAAUUUAACCCCAGCAAACUUACGAAUAUACUUAACAGCCGCUCCUGCGGAAAGGACCUCAGUCGCACGUUGUUGCACUGUUGACUGGACGAGCCAAAUGCCAAGUCUUCAGCGUUAGCAUUUUCAGUAGUCGCUUUCUUACGACGGCGUCCAUUUCGCUCAACACUGAACACGUGUCUGUCACGAUCAGGGCGAUUG